UUCUCCAUUUUUUUUUCUCUUUUUUUCCCCAGCGAUAUCCGAUUCCUGUUUCCCGGCGUCGAUCGGUUUGUUCUACACGAUAUCCUGUAUAAUAUAUCUGGGUUCUAUUGUUCUUUUUGAUUUCUUUUCUUGCCUGAUCUAAAUUCGUUUAUUUUACUCCACUUUUCCAUUUCAAGGUUUACUGCAUCGUUGUGAUUGAAAAGUUCCGGCUUUGGUUUUGCUGGUGUUGGUUUCUCAUGCUCAUUCUUCGAUAAUGUAUCACUAUCCUCAACCCCCUCCGGGGUGGCCCUACGACUACAUGGCCUCCCCUCCUACCUCUCCUCAUUACGCCUACUACGCCUCUCCCUUCGCCACCCCUUACACCUCCCCGCGGAGUGCCUCCAAGCGUCACGGCCGCAAAGCCAGCUAUGCGGGGACCACCAAGGACGGCUGGCAUGGCGCCGCCUACGGGCCCGCCGCCUACCAUCCCGAGGCCAUGCCCGACUAUGGCGCCCCUCCGCGCAAGCACGACUAUGUCCCCGUCUACGAUGAUGCCGACACCGCGAAACGGUCGCGCGCCCGCCGGCAGUCGACAUCGACACGCACGCCCCAGAAACCCAGGCCCACCCCGGCCGCCAAACCGGCCACCCACGCCACGGACGAGGACGCUGCCCGCGCGGGGAUCCCGCCUGGGUACUCGAUCAAGAACUGGGACCCGACGGAGAUGCCGAUCAUCCUGCUGGGCAGCGUGUUCGACGCCAACUCGCUGGGCAAGUGGAUCUACGACUGGACGGUGUUCCACCAUGGAGCGUCGACGCCCAUGGCGGAUGUGGCGGGCGAGCUGUGGCUGCUGUUGAUCAAGCUGGCAGGCAAGGUGAAGCGGGCGGACGAGUGUGUGGACCGCAUCAAGCGCACGGACGCGCACGAGAUGGUCGAGAGUUUCCUCGAGAGCGGCGAGCGGCUGUGGGGGCGCUUCAAGAAGCUGCUCAAGACGUGCGAGCAGUUCAUGUGGAAGGCCGCCAAGCGGGAAAGCGGCAAGGGGCCGGUCUCGAUGGGUCGCAACGCCGGCUGCGAGUUCGUCGAGUCUAUCUUCGGCCGCGAUCGCGAGCUCGAAAACACCGAGAAAUUGAUGCACAGUAUUCGAGUGUGGGAUAUGCGGUUUGACGCCAACUGCGAGGAGAUUCUCCGACACCCGACCGCCUAGACUUCCUCAACCCUUUUUUCUGUCGUUUCUUUAUACCGUCCUUACGGAAGGACUCACCAAAAGUAUUGAUAUUUGGCUGCGGAUUUGGAAUGAAUAUCUGACAGCAACACGGACGGCGCAAGCCACGGCUUCUUUCUUGAUUGAUUCACGGAUCCAGCGAUGGGUGCAUUUGAGCGCGUUUGUUUAGUUGGGAUACAUCAGUCAAAAUGGCUGCUCGUUCUGACAGAGGCUCAUUUUGACUGGCUCAUUUAACUGGGCUCAUAUUAACC